UUUUAAUAUUUUGAAUGACCAAAAUAUUAACCAAAUAACUCGUCAUGCAGAAGGCGAAAACUGAUGUAAUGGAGAAUGUUAAGUCUAUCAACUUAUGGGGAAAUGAUUUGGAAGAUAUCUCCUUUAUUACUCAAUUGAUUAAUUUAGAGCUAGCUUAGUUGGCUUCUAAUAAAAUAAAUACCUUAAAAGAUGUAGUCAAGUGUUCACAACUCAAAGACCUGAAUUUACGAAAUAAUGCUAUUUCAAAUGUAGAAGAGUUACAGUUAUUAAAACUAUUGCCAAAUUUAAAAGCACUAAAUCUUUUAUAUAAUCCUAUUACUUAAAAUCACAACUAUAGAUACUAAGUCUUAAAACAUGCAUCUUAAUUAGAGAUACUGGAUGAGAUAGGCAUAACAUAAUAAGAAAGACGAUAAGUAUAAUAAGAGGAGGAGAAAGAAAAUUAAAUUAAAUAGAAAGUAUUGGAAAAUCAUCAAAAAAUUAAGAAAAUUGAGUCUAAAAUUUCCAAAAAGAAAUCUUAAAACAAAAAAUGGAAAUAUCAGGAUGAUGAAGAUUUUGGAUAGAAAUUGAUGAAGCAAUAGGAGACUUAUAAAUAAUAGAAAGAAAUUGAAUAAUUUUUUAAUGAUCAAUCAAAAGAAUUUUUGGAUUCACCCUUAUAGGAUUCUUAGGAUAUCCAAUUUUCAAAUGAAAACAAAAAUAUGUAAAUGCUGGUUGGAGAUAGGGCUUCUUCCUAAUGUUAAAUAGAUGAUAAAAUAUAAGAAGAAGAAUUACCAUUACAAAUACAGAAAAAUGAAAAUGUUACUAAAGUAUAGUAACCGAAAUAAAAUUCAAAAAAGAAACUACACGCUAAUGGAAAAGCAGAUUCUGCUAAUACCUCAGAUUAUAUUCUGUGUGCUAUAUUAUCAUUAUUGAAAGGACUAAAUCAAAGUGAGUUAGCUAUUCUUAAAAAAAAGGUUUAAAAACAAUUAAAGAAAGAUAACACAUGA